AUGGCUCAAAUUCUUUCAAACGCAGAAGAAAAUACUCUUGUACGAUGGAUUUCACGACUUACCAUCACUGGAUUCCCUGCUACACCUAUGUUGGUGAAGGAAAUGGCCGACGAAAUUCGUCUUCGACGCGUUCAGGUCGCGUCAUCUCGAAUUCCUACCUCGACAGAAAUUCCACCUAUAGGCCACGAAUGGAUCUAUAGAUUCCAAAAACGACAUCCAGAACUUAAAACAUGCUAUUCACAUCAAUUAGAGUCUAAUCGGGCUAAAGUGGCAACUCCAGAGAAUAUUCAGACUUGGUUUGAUGCGUUUCGUACGUGUCUCAUUGAACGAAAGUAUGAAUUAGAUGAUAUGUAUAAUAUGGACGAAACCGGAUUUGGAGUUGGAAGUACUCAAAGUACGCGUAUUAUAGUCGAUUCUACUCAGAAAUCGAAUUGGAAAGUUACAGCUGGCAAGCAAGAAUGGAUAACUGCAUUUGAAUGUGUCAAUGCAGCUGGAAAGGCUCUAUCAUCUAUGAUCAUUUUCAAGGUUCAGAAUACGAAUUCUGCAUGGAUUCCAAAGGACACACCUCAAAGCUGGCAGUUUUCUACGAAGAAGGAAAUCGAUUUACUUAUAUUACCUCCUCAUUGCUCCCACUUGCUUCAACCACUUGAUAUUGCGGUGUACGGGCCAAUGAAACGAUAUCAUGCUUUAGAGGUCGAUCGAUAUUCUCGAGCUGGUGUAAAGCGAAUUCAAAGAGCUGAAUGGGUAGAACUCUUUCAAAAUAUUAGAAAAAAAGCACUGAAUUCUUCUAAUAUUAAAGCUGGUUGGAGAGGAGCUGGUUUAGUACCUUUUGCCCCACGAAAAGUACUCGAUAUAUUACCAUUUAACUCCUCCCAACAACCUUCUACUCCACAAAUGAGAAUGUCCAAUCAAGAUCUAGACUUAUCUAUACUCAGGAGCUCUCCUCCAGAUGGGACAGAGCUAAGGCAAGCAAAUCAAACCUUUAAUAAAGCUCUAGCAGAUAAUGAUUCUCUUGCAUCACCAACUCGUCGAUAUGCCAAGAGAAUGACUAAGCUUGUAGAAUCUCAAAAUGCUGAGAUAGCCCUACUUCGGAAACAGCUCGCUGAUGCUCAGGAAGUAAUUGAGACUCGAAAGAAGAGAACUAAAGGCAAAAGAGUCAAAUUACAAGGUCAAUUUGUCUUUAGUAGUGAGGAAGUACUGAAAAUGGUACGUGAGGCGGAGGAAAAACCGAAGGAGAAAAAGCUACGAGGGCGACCACGUAAACGUCCAAUUGAAGAAUUAGAAGAGGAGACUGAAGAAGAAGAGCCAGAGAGUAGUUCAAGUGAUUUAGAGUUGGAAUUGGAUGAAUGUGUAGCUCGUAGAACAAGAUCACAUAGAGAGAAUUGA